AUGGUGGAUCUGGUACGGAGUAAAUCGCUAGAUCAAGUUUCUCGGUCAAUAUCCACUACCUCGUCCAUACUUCGAUAUGUCGAGGACCCGAAACAAGAAGCAAAUGAAGUAGAAGCGAUGGAAGGAUCCAGUUUGUUGAACAUUUUACGGUUCGCACGCGACGAGUGGUUUUUGCUUCUUUGCGCAUUAUUUUUUGCGCUUUUGAAAGGAUUAAUGUUCCCGAUUUUUUCGAUCAUCUAUGGAGCUAUGUUUCAGUCUCUAGCGAGACCGACUGCGGAGCAAAGGUUGCACGAGGCUUUUAUGAAUGCCAUAUAUUUUAUUGUCCUUGGUAUCAGUUACGGGUUCGUGAUAUUCUUAGCAAGCUAUCUGUUCGGUGUUGCCGGGGAAUCGCUCACCAAACGAUUACGUGUUGCGUUGUUUGCCAAUAUUGUCAGUCAGGAUGGCGAAUACUUCGACUCAUUGGAUCAUGCAUCGGGUAAUCUUAUCACUAAAUUAGCCACAGAUGUACCGAAUGUUCGUGCUGCAAUUGAUCACAGACUUGCAGACGUGUUGCAAGUGAUAACCUCCAUACUUGUUGGUAUCGCUAUUGCAUUCUAUUAUGGUCCGAAAAUGGCAUCAAUUGGUAUGUUGACAACGACAACACUAAUGCUUUGUCAAAUAAUCAUUGCGCAGUAUCUGAAAAAAAAAUCCGAGAAAGAUGAAAUGAUAACUCGCGAACCAUUUCGGCUCGCCGUGGAAGCACUGAAGCAUCACAAAACAGUGCAAUAUUUGACACGCGAACAGCAUUUCUGUGAUGAGUUCAAUAAGCAAAUGCGAAAAUCGCACAACAGAAAUUUACACCGUGGUAUUGUUCAAGCUUUUGCUUUCGCGCUUCAUUCAUCUUUCAUUUACUUUAAUUUUGCUUCAACAUACCGUUGUGGUUUAUGGCUUAUAGAGAUUGGGAAUGCCACCCCAUUUCAUAUAUUUCAAGUGAUUGAAACAUUGCAUGUGGCAUCCAUGAAUGUAUUAGCCAUUGGAAUUUAUUUCCCGGAAUAUAUACGGGCACGCUUAAGUGCCAGUUUGAUCUUCAAAAUGCUUGCUGAAAAGCCGAGGAUUAGCAGUUUACCGGAAGGCAGAAGAAAAGUACUUCGAGGAAACAUUAAGCUUGAAAAUGUCCGAUUUGCAUAUCCGGCAAAUCGGAAUCGACUGGUAGUAAAAGGAUUGACAAUGGAAGCUCUGAAAGGCAAAAUGGUAGCUUUGGUGGGUUCCAGCGGAUGCGGGAAAUCAACCGUUAUCGAGUUAAUUGAGCGGUUUUACGAUCCACUCAACGGUAGAGUAAUGUAUGACAACACCGAUAUCCGAUAUUUGAAUCUUUACAAUCUUCGAAAUCAAAUAGCUUUAGUAAGCCAAAAUCCAAUCCUAUUCAACUAUUCAAUUCGUGAAAAUAUUGCUUAUGGCUUGAGUGAUGUCAAUCAAAGACAGAUCGAGGAAGCUGCAAAACAAGCUAAUGCUCAUAAUUUCAUAAUGGAGAUGAAGAAUGGUUAUGAUACAAUCGUCGGUGAAAAUGGUGGUCAUCUGUCCGGUGGUCAAAAGCAACGCAUCGCUAUUGCACGAGCUAUAAUUCGGAACCCAAUAGUACUUUUGCUGGACGAAGCAACAAGUGCUUUGGAUGCUGAGAGCGAAAAGGUGGUGCAAGAUGCUUUGGAAAGAGCUUGUAACGGUCGGACAUGCAUUGUCAUAGCACAUCGUUUGUACAGCAUCCAGAAUUCGGAUCAAAUUCUGGUAAUGAACAAUGGCGCUAUAGUUGAAUUUGGUACUCAUCGAGAAUUGUUACGUCAAAAAGGUCUUUAUGCCAAUCUCAUUGCAAUGCAAAAUCUUCAGUAGUUCCACCUCUCGC